AUGGACAUCAGUGUUCCAUUUAUGAGGAGGUCUGGAAAUAUUCCAUAUGGAAUGGAAUCAUGGAAUCUACCUGGAAUCUAUGGAAUCUAUGGAUCCUAUGGAAUCAAGUGUCAUUUGCCGAACGCUGGGUAUAUUCUCUAUGAACCGGUUCUUGAAGUCUCUAUUGCAAUACUAUGUCUAAUCGCGUCAGUUGCCAUUGGUCAACAUUCCAUGCAUGUGCAAUCAAAUCUGUUCUGACAGGGGCUCCAAUCGGUACUGCAUCGUGGCUGAUCGCAGCUUACUCUAGGCACCUCGCAAGGCUGUGAGCAACACAAGAUUGUCUAUCUAGACGACAUCUCAUCGUUAGAAAGUAAUGAUUUUCCACAAAGUGAAACUGGUUGGCUAGCACAAUCCCCUUCAGAGACGGUUCGACCGAAGAUAAAAGCUAUCAUGACUACACAGUCAAGCAACGUCCAGUUGGCUCAUAACGCUCAGUAUGACUUUACCUCCCUCAAUCUUGUUCUAUCUCUGCUUUUUGUUGCAAGCGUGUUCAGGUCCAACUGAACUGGCUGCUAACUCUGUAGACCCUUAGAUCUGUGGGCAAAGGCCUUGGAGAAGUUGAAUGUACGGCACUUGCACUAUUCCACACAUACUUGGCCACAAGUGCUAAUUUUAUGUUAGGACGAUGACAAGGCUCUGAUCGUCUUGCGUCAAAAUCGUCUUGACAUUCUAGGUGACGUCCUAUCUUUGGUAAGGCAAAAGGAGGUCGCCUGCCAGAAGAAGAGAUGGAAGUGGAAGAACAGACAAGGAGAAACGAUCAUCAUCCGGGAUGUUUUGAAGAAAAUUAUCAUCUGGGUUGAAAAAAUCAAAGGCUAG